UUCAAUCAAUCAAACAAACAAACGAUGACCUCAUUAAGUAGAAAAAGCCUCAAACUUACCCCCACUCACUCACUCACUCCCCUCACCUCAGAACCAGAACCGGAACCUCUCUCAUCCUCUUCCUCUUCUCAAAUCUCAACCCUUCCUUCUAAUUAAACAAUCCCGGCUUUCUCUUUUAUUUAUUUUUCUGUUUCUAAUUGCAGAGCUUACCCUUUCUAAAACUAAAGCAAUCGCCUACCAUAAUCAUUCUGAGGAAGUGGAGGAAAAGGAAAGCGGAGUUUCUCUCAACUUUACAUCACCUAUUUAUAUCUCAAGCUCCACCCAACCUACCGGCAUUCUCGACUCUUUCUCUCUCCUUCUCCUUUCUGCAUUACAAAGAAGCCUGAGAGAAAAAGUGGGGGAAACAUGCUUGGACAGCUCAGGCUCAUUACUACUCUCUUCUUCAUCGUCCUCUCCUUGUUCCUCUCAUCUUUCAAUGUUUGUUUCGCCGAAAUCGGCCAAAGUUUCGCCAAAUACUCGCCUGGGGAAAACCCAUUUACGGCGAAAGCAUUCGUGAUCCGUUACUGGAACAAACAGAUCUCCAACAAUCUGCCAAAACCAUCUUUCCUUCUUUCCAAAGCCUCCCCGUUAAGCACCGUCGACUCGGUGGUUCUCACCAAACUCGCCGACCAAAAUGCUCUUUCUUCUCGCCUUCCGUCCUUCUGCUCGUCUGCCAAUUUGUUCUGUUUCUCCGAUUUAACCCCGAGCUUGGAUAAGCAUGACAAAGAUUCCAACUUUGCUUCCUAUUCGAACAGAAACUUCACCAACUACGGAACGUCUCAACUCGGAGGGGUGGACUCCUUCAAGAACUACUCGGAUAACAUCAAUGUCCCCGUCGAUUCGUUCAGGCGGUACAGCCGUGGUUCUACCGGCCACAAUGACAAGUUCUCAAAUUACGCCCCUAACGGCAACGUCGUCGACCAGAGUUUCAACACCUACGGCUCCAGCGCCACCGGCGGUUCGGGUGACUUCACCAACUACAACCAAUUAGUUAACAUUCCUAACCUCCGGUUCACCAGUUAUGAGUCGGACGCUAACGGCCGGAAACAGUCCUUCACCAGCUAUACCGACGAGACGAACUCAGGGGAUGAGUCAUUCACCAGCUACGGGCGCAACGGCAACGGUGUUCCAGUUGGGUUCUCGAGCUACGGCAAGGAGUCGAACGUUGUCGGUUCUACCUUCACCGCCUAUGGCGAGACGGCUAACGGCGCUAAUGAUUCAUUCACGUCUUACGGCUUCGACAGCAACAAUCCUAAGAACAAUUUCAAGAGCUACGGCGACGGAGGAAACGCGGCGAUCGAUAGCUUCUCCAGCUACAGAGACCGAUCGAAUGUGGGUGACGAUUCUUUCUUAUCUUACGCCAAGGACUCGAACUCAGCCAAGGUAAACUUUGCUAAUUACGGGAAGUCCUUCAAUGAGGGAACCGACACAUUCAAAGGCUACGGGAAGGGAGCACUGGGUCAGGCGAUCGGAUUCAAGACCUACGGCGUCAACAACACAUUCAAGGACUACGGGAACAAAAAGAGCGUCAGCUUCGCCGGUUACACCAACCCGAGCUCCGCAAAAACCACAUCUUCUUCCUUGGUGAGCAGCGGCAAGAGCCCGAACAGGUGGUUGGUGGAGCCGGGGAAAUUCUUCCGGGAGGCGAUGCUGAAGGAAGGAACCGUAAUGCCGAUGCCGGACAUAAGAGACAAGAUGCCCCCAAGGUCGUUCUUGCCUCGAUCGAUUACAUCGAAAUUGCCUUUCUCGAGCUCACGAAUUUCAGAGCUGAAACAGAUCUUCCACGCCACCGAGAAUUCGACUAUGGAGAKYAUCCUUCGGAACACGCUGGAGGAGUGCGAGAGGGCUCCGAGCCGGGGCGAGACCAAGAAGUGCGUGGGCUCCAUCGAGGACAUGAUCGACUUCGCAGUAUCGGUUCUGGGUCACAAUGUGGUGGUGAGGACUACCGAGAGCGUGGAGGGGUCAAAGCAAAACGUGAUGAUCGGAGCCGUCAAAGGGAUCAACGGUGGAAAAAUCACCAAGUCAGUAUCGUGUCAUCAAAGCUUGUUUCCUUUUCUGGUCUACUAUUGCCACGCCGUUCCUAAGGUUAGGGUUUACGAGGCCGACAUUCUAGAGCCGAAGAGCAAGGCCAAGAUCAACCACGGCGUAGCCAUAUGUCACGUUGACACGUCAGCCUGGAGCCCCGGACAUGGAGCCUUUGUCGCCUUGGGGUCGAGCCCUGGUAAGAUUGAGGUGUGUCAUUGGAUCUUCGAGAACGACAUGACCUGGGCGGUUGCUGAUGCUGCUGAUUAAUAAGUUAAUUUUAAAAAUUCUUUUUUUUUUUCAAUUUUUCUUCCUUUUGGUUAGUAUAUAGAUGAUGAGUAUAUAUGAAGAAAUAUAUUGGCUAUUGGCUAUUGGGCCGGGGGUCGAACCCAUGAUCUCAUUAAUCGAGCCGCGGGGUCGACCCAGGGCUACCCAAUUUCAGUAAGCUUUGUUUGGAUUUUCUUUCUUAAUACCUCAGUCAAGUGAUCUUCAACUUGAAAUGAAUUUUAAUGAAAUGGUUGGUUUUUCAA